UUUAAAGCCGCCGUCAGCUCUGAUGCGGUCAGUGUUCAGCCAGCCGGUGGGAAGCGAGGUGCGUGGCGUUAUUGGCUACUUAACAGAAGACGAUUUCCUAACGCGCUCAACUGAAAGAUAGAUUGGCGUCUAAGAUGGUCUAGCGGGAGAUCGCUGUUGGACAGGCGAAUCGUAUGUUUAGCGGCUAGGGAGCACUACGGCUCGCUGAUUUUUUCGUCUUCUCUACAGUCUCCUCUUUGAGAGAUACGUUCCCAUGCGAUUCUUCAGACUCACAUUUAAGUGUUUCGUGGAUUGUUUUUGAAGGUGCUGUCUACCUCGGUGAUACCAUUUUGUGAACGCGUCUAAUUUUAUUUUAAAUUGCAUAUUUCGAUUUAUUUUUGGACAAAUUCACGUACAUCUAACCUUAUACCUUCCCAGUGUCACUGCGAUCCUUUCUUUGGUUUAGUAAUCGAAAGGCACCUGCAAUUUCAAAAUUAUAAUCCAAAAUAAAAAUACUAGUGUCAACCAUUCAGUUGACCUAUGACUUUAACCCCUAUACUGAAACACGAAUCAGGGAUCCGAUUGUGUUUACAUUUAGGGGUGGCAGACAGCAGGACAAAAGGACUUUUGGUGUGAUUUCUUGGAAGAGAAUUGAACUCUGAAAAACGAUAAAGAGGACUCUACUAUCUGGAACUGUAUUGAAUUGUUUCAUUAUCGGCGGAUCAUCUUAAUUGGUUUCCCAAUCAAGCAGAGCUGUUCGAGCAGUGACAGUGCUUUGUUUGCGAGUGAAUACCUGGGAUGGAGAAAUCAACCCUGAACAGAGAGUGCUGCAGCGUGAAUGUCCACCUUGUUGAGGAGAAGAAGGGUCAACUGAUACCAAAUGGAAGUGGACACCAAAGUGUGAAUGGAGGCCUGGUUGCAAGUACCGGGACAGCUGGACCAGCAGCUGCCCCGGGAACAACGCCCCAAAUACAGUCAGUGUACCCCCAGCGCGAGACCUGGACCAGACAAAUGGAUUUCAUCAUGUCCUGUGUGGGGUUUGCCGUGGGGCUGGGCAACGUCUGGCGUUUUCCCUAUCUAUGCUACAAGAACGGUGGGGGAGUGUUCCUCAUUCCAUACCUGUUGAUUGUAAUAGUGGGUGGUAUUCCAAUCUUCUUCCUGGAAAUUUCUCUUGGCCAGUUCAUGAAGGCGGGAAGCAUCAAUGUGUGGAAUAUUGCACCACUUUUUAAAGGGUUAGGCUAUGCCUCAAUGGUGAUAGUGUUCUUCUGCAACACCUAUUACAUCAUGGUGCUGGCCUGGGGCUUCUACUACUUUAUCAAGUCCUUCAAUGCUACGCUUCCCUGGUCGACCUGUAACAAUCCCUGGAACAGCGAGACCUGCAUCGAGAUUUUCCGCCACGAUGAGUGCCAAAACGGCACCAUUGGCAACUCCAGCUUCGGCAACUUGACGUGUGAGGAGCUGGCAGAGGGUCGCUCGCCCAUCAUUGAAUUCUGGGAAAAUAAAGUUCUGAACAUCUCAGAUGGGUUGGACCAACCUGGAGCCAUGAACUGGGAAGUGAUGCUGUGCCUCCUGGCUACGUGGGUCAUGGUGUAUUUCUGCGUGUGGAAAGGAGUGAAGUCAACCGGCAAGAUUGUGUAUUUCACUGCCACGUUCCCAUACGUCGUUCUUAUCAUUCUGCUGGUACGAGGUGUGACUUUGCCUGGCGCCUAUGAUGGGAUCCUGUACUAUGUCAAGCCUGACUGGUCCAAACUCGGCGAGGCUCAGGUUUGGAUAGACGCUGGCACACAGAUUUUCUUCUCUUACGCGAUCGGGCUUGGCGCUCUCACAGCCCUGGGCAGCUAUAACAGAUUUAACAACGACUGCUAUAAGGAUGCAUUUGUACUUGCUUUGAUCAACAGUGGAACCAGUUUCUUUGCUGGUUUUGUGGUCUUUUCCAUCUUGGGAUUCAUGGCAUCAGAGCAAGGAGUGGAUAUUUCCAAAGUUGCGGAAUCAGGCCCUGGCUUGGCGUUCAUUGCAUACCCCAAGGCGGUGUCUCUCAUGCCUGUGGCCCCACUCUGGGCAGCUCUCUUCUUCUUCAUGCUGCUCCUGCUGGGACUCGACAGUCAGUUUGUCGGGGUUGAAGGAUUUGUAACUGGGAUCCUGGAUCUGUUUCCUGGGAAGUAUUACGUGCGCUACCAACGGGAAAUCUCAGUGGCGAUCUGUUGUUUGUUAUGCUUCAUAAUUGAUCUCUCCAUGGUUACACAGGGGGGGAUGUAUGUCUUCCAGCUCUUUGACUAUUACUCAGCCAGUGGUAUGACCCUGCUGUGGCAGGCAUUCUGGGAAUGCGUUGUUGUCGCCUGGGUUUAUGGUGCUGAUAGGUUUAUGGAUGACGUCGCUCGUAUGAUCGGGUACCGACCUUUCCCUUGGAUGAAGUGGUGCUGGUCUUUUGUUACCCCAUGUGUUUGCAUGGGUAUCUUCCUGUUUCAUCUGCUGAACUACAAGCCUCUAACCUACAACAACGUGUAUGUGUAUCCGUGGUGGGGAGAGGUGAUUGGAUGGUGCCUGGCGCUUUCCUCCAUGCUCUGCAUACCUGUUAGCCUGGUCUACAAGCUCUUCCGAGCUAAGGGCUCCUUCAGAGAGCGGUGGGAUCACCUGACCAAACCAGUCUGGGGAGCCCACCACCUGGAGUAUAUGGCCCCAGAUGCUGACAUGAAGAGCUUGGCAUCCUUCACAUCGGGUGCUGAAGACAACAAGGUCAUCGUCUUUGAGAGUGUCAUGUAGACGCAGUGUCUUUACCAGAGGUAGAUAGCUCGGGUGCAGAAAGUAAAAAUCCAGACUGAGGUUUUGUUUCAACCAACCGGUUGAGUAUUAAAAAGUCAGUCACAGAGUCCUCAACUACAUUUACAUUUACAUUUACAGGAUUUGGCAGACGCCCUUAGCCAGAGCGACUUACAUAAGUGGUUUGAGAAGCUCUUCCGAGUUGGUUAACUAGUUGGUUAAAACAGGUUAAAAAAAACAGGUUAAAACAGAAUCUUGGUCUGGAUUAAUACUUUCUGGACCUGAACUAUCCACCUCUGAUCUUUCUAACAUAUAGGAGUACCCUCCCCCCUGAAGACAAGGUGCCAGAGUCAUGUGCCUGACCCUAACCAAUACUAUAGUAUUAUAAAAUUCACUUUGCUCAUUCUGAUUUACUUGGGGGAAAAAACCCAUUAGACGCACCUGAUGUGCACAGUCUUGUGUGCUUGUUCAGCCCCUUGUCUUAGGAGGGAGGGCAUGUGCCGCCAGUGGUGGCUCAGAUCUUUCACUGGGCCGUGUCCCCCCCCCCCCCUCCAUCUGAAGAGCAUCAAACCUAAACCAGGGCCCUCUGCUGGCCCCCGCAGCACAUGGCAGAGUUCUCACAGGCCACCGUCACUCACCUCACUGCCGUCCCUCCUCAGCUCAGAGGACUGCAGAGGGGUUUGUUGAGGGAGAGAAGAAUGAGUCCCCUGGCUAGAACUUAAGCUGUGAACUAGGGAUUAGGACUUUCCUGUCUGGUGAUCAAAUGGAAACUUUUAAAUAAUCCUGCUGUACGUGACCCCAGUCGAUAAGGGGAUCAUCUGAUAAAAUGACAUAUAGUCAUCACUCUGGAACUGCCUUUAUUCCAGAUACUUUUCGAUUUGUAAUACGGUUUGCGGUUGCAAUACGAAUAACCAAAAAUUUGCCCGCAAUCACAAUUCAGCGCACCUUUAAACAGCCUUUAAGUAAAGCCUUUAAAUGAUGAGCCAGCAUACAAAUAAAAUAUAUCAGAAAAUGCCAACAUUUGUGGCGAUGCCCUCAGUGUUGCCAAAUUUCUCACAUGCACUUGAUGAAUGAACUUGAAUGUUUACAGGAAGUGAGGCUACAUCGUUCGCUCGCUGACCCUAUGGCAGUGCCAAAGGAGGAUGGUGCUCCGUCUCUGGCUGCUUGACGUUUAAUGGGGUCGCUGUGGGGGCGGGUGGGUUCAGUAUCGUACUGCAAAUAUAUGCGAACAUGAGAACCUCAUCCUACAAAAAAUUCCUUCAAAGACGUGCUCCUUUCCAGGUGGUACUGAAUGAAUGUGUACAUAUUAGCAGAUUUUUCCACAAAAAUUGUUUUCGCGAUGACUUUGAGGACAAUCAGCCGAACAAAUAGCGGUAAAUGAAAUAAUCUGUACAGAUAAAUCAGAUAAAAACACAUAAAUCAGAAAAGUGCUCAACUUUGGUUGUUUCACAUGUGUCUCUGCGAAGUUUAAUGGUCAUUUAGUAAUAGUCGUAAGUGGAGGUGUUUCGGAACAUAAGCAGGUGAGAAAGGGAAGCUGUUAAGCUGAGUCCUGUGGCCUGUGUUGGUGGCCAGUGCUCACUGGUGUAAAUGAGGUCUCCCUCUACCACUGAAGACUUAUUCUCGCGACAGUGAAAAGCAGUGCGCCACGCAGCACAGGUCUAAUAAGAUGUUUGAUAAGUAAAUGCCGUACUUUGCCUUUUCUUGUUUGUCUUAAGUCUAGCCCCAUCUGUCAAAUAAGCCAAAUAUGUUGCAAGUCCCUGUAGGGUUUGCCCUAGCUAAUGCCUGUGGGAAUUCUGCCGUCAGUAAUAGCGCAUAAGAACUACAUCAUAGUUGUUGUGACAUAAAAGUAGAAUGGAAUUUAGAUCCACGGAAAAUAAUUCACUACAUUUGUACAUUACUUGUUGUAAAAUAAUCUUGCUAGCACAUUUUAAUCAUGUUAGAAUAACAGUUCGUGUUUCACUUAUUGUAAAAUAAUAGAUUUAUUUUGUGAUGGCUUUUUUGCUUAUAUAUAUAUAUAUAUAUAUAUAUAUAUAAAUAUAAAUAUAUAAAUAUCUGUGUGCAUUAUACUGAAAGUUUGAUGCGGAAUUGCAACAGGGUGAGGGGAAAUUGCACCUUGCAGUGUGUUCUGCGCAGGGAUCCGUGGGUAAUUACGGGAUGGCUGGUACGUUAUACCAUGGACUUCUUGGUAAUGAUGGCCAGACAUGUGGAUGUUGGGUUCUUUGUAUUUCACUGUUUUCCCCAGACCACUCAGAGCUGUGCUCCAGAAUUAUUGACAGGAAAAAAAAAUUCAGUGUCUCUCAACAAUGCGACAUUAAAAUGUUUUUUUUUUUUUUUUUAACCAAAUUUUUAAUUAGGAGCCAUUUUUAAUGGUAAAGAGAUGCAUUUUUUAAAAUAAAACACAAUCUUAAAGGAUGCAUACUUCUACGCCAUAUUCUUGGCGGAUAUUGGCACAUAGGUUUUUCAUAUUCUUUUUCUCAGUAAGAAUUUACAGACGACACAGUAUUGCUAAAAAACUUCACACACAUACAAACACACACACAAAAAAAAUAAAAAAAAAUAAACUUUUUUUUUUUGAAAGAAUGAACAUUCCCUCAAAGUAUUACUGACUAUCAUUUGCACUCAGUCUGCCUUCAUUAGCGGUUUGUUACUUAUGUGUCACUCUGGAUUUGAGUAUCUCUUAUUUGACGUUUGGAAUUAAGACAAUUACUGGUGCAGAGAGACUUGUGUCACACUAUUAUGUUUUUACAUACUUUGUCCUUGCAGACCAAAUAAUAGCCUGGGUUGGUCAAGCAGCUUAAUUAAUGAAUACUUGGCUAUUAUAUAUUUAAAAGGAAACAUAAACUGAAAUGUAUACUACCAACACCGUAUGCACUCAUUCUGUGCUCUGCCAAAUAAUUCUUGACAGUAUCUUUUGGCCACAGGUGACCGAAAGGUUACUUUCUUCAAGCUAAUGCUUUAGUCCAGUGACUGAUAUUCUCCCAUUUCAAACAGCAGAGAAUUUUUGGUUAAGUACUGUACCUUGUUUAAGGGCCUUAACCUGAUAACCUCCAAGUUCUGUCUGCGAUGCUCUUCAUGCAAAUUCCCCACUUUCAUAAUGUAAUGAUCAGAUUUAUAUAUAAAAGUGCGAACCCAACAAUUUUCAGUGUGGAGGGUUAAGGGUAACGUGCUGUGUGCUAGUGAUGAAGUCGUUAUACAGAAUGUUCCUUAAAAACUCUACGUAUCAGCCUAUUGUCUGAAUUGUUUUCCACAGCCGUAUGUGUUUGAUCACAUACCUGACUGGUAACUGGAAUCAGAACUGUGCCCCCUGUCCACAAACUUCGGAUGCAGAUAAUGUCUAGAAAAAUGGAACGGCACUGAUGACGAAGAAAUUAACUCACAAAUAAAAUGUUUUAGAUUUGUGCUUUGAUUCAUUGUUCAAUCAUGUGAAAUGUAUUAUAAAUUCAGUCUUCCAUUCAUGGUAUUUAGUAUCAAAGCGUAAUGGUAUCUGUGUGAUCAAGUUAAUGACAUUGACGUGUUCCAUUGAUUUUAUCCUUGUACAAAGGGCUUCAUGCUUGAGACCACUGUGACUAUGUGUUAAUUCACUCACCCAAACUGAAAUAACAAAUAGCAAUAAAAAAAUCUAACAGAA